GGCAGGGAGGAAACGACUUCAACCCUUCCCACUUCCUCCAGCGGUGUCUUGCAUCAGAGCGGAGCGUCCUUGCUUGAGAACUCUCCCACCUCGCCUUGUCGUUCCCCUUCAGCACUUCGCUGACUCCCGUAGCCCGCCGCUGCCCGGUCCCGGAGCGAGUCCGAGAGAUGUGGAGAACUGUGCUGAGAGCCAGGAGCCUGCUGCCAAAUGCGGUCCCUCCCAGAGCCAGGCCCGGGACAGCGCUGCUGUGUAGCCGAGUAAACCAGGGCGGAGCUGUGCAAGCCACCGAGCCCAAUAUCCAGCCUGCAGUACCUGAACCAGCCUGUUCUGCCUACAAGCUCCAGGGCCGUAUCCCUACAGCAUUAGACAGGAAGCUCCUGCUGUGGUCUGGUCGCUUCAAAAGAGAGCAGGAUAUACCAGAAAUGGUUUCGAAUGAAAUGCUUUAUGCAGCUGGAAACAAAAUAAGGGUGAAGAUCUGCUACAUGAUGAUAGGUUUGACAGUUGUAGCCUGCCUGAUUAUGGUGGUCUCUGGAAAGAAGGCUUUUAAACAGCACGAGAACCUUACCAAGUGGAACUUGGAGAAAAAGGCCAAAUUGAAAGAGGAAUUUGAACAGAAGCUGGUCACAGAAAAGCCCCAGUAACUGCAAUAAGACUAGCUGUACCAAUUUACCUCCUCUUAACAGUGGCACAAAAGACAAACUAUUAGUCUUAUCGAUGACUGGUUCUGAAGUCCAUUGGUACACAGUUAUGACAGUCAGGACUAGUACUCAACAGUGUCAUCAGUCCUUGUUCUGCAGACUGAACCAAUCCACCUUCGUUUCCAUUUUAACCUCUUCAAAAUGAUUACUCUGAAAGUUCUGUUUUAGAUUUUAUGAUUGUCAAAUGAAGCCAGAUUAUCAUUGACACUUUCAGUUGAAGCUGCUGUCUCUCAUUUCUUGCAGAGAAGCUCACUCAUUUCACUGGGUAAUGUAUCCACUGAUGGUGGGCUGAGGAAUUUCAGACAUUCUUUCUCCCCCUCCACAGUCUGUGUGUCUGUGACACAGGUAUUCAGGCCACACCUUUCUUAACUUAUUAAUCUCAAUACAUUGGCAUUUUUGCAGCCUCUGUUUGAGUGCUCAAAAUCUAACGUCGACACUUGGUCGCAGCUCAAAUCUCUGAUGAUGUUAAUGAAUGAUCUGCCAUUUGUUUCAAAUUUCAAGCAACUGGAGUAUUUUGCUUCUCUGGAACAAUUCCUCACCUUUUGAAAGUCAGGUUAGUCUCCUGCAGUGUGGAUCAAUCUUUAUCAAAGUGAAAAUUGCAACAUCCUAUCAGCACUUUUCAAAUCACUAUAAUGCACAACACUGGGAACCAGGCCUGUAAAUGACUGUUCUUGCACAUCAGGGAAAUCACUUUUCAAUUAUGAAAGUCGACCUCAAGUUUAACAUAUGUCAUGCCUAAAAGCUGUAAUAUUAAAUCAAUUUAAUAUUUUGUAGCAGUGUCUGAUGGUUCCUUUGACUUUCUGAAUAAAAAUUCUGUUAUCUA